AUGGAGGGCUUUUACGGUAUUGAGGUGACCGCCGGCAAGCAGGUGAAGGCCAAAAUCCCAGAAGAGUGCGCGCUGCGCGUGACGCAGCUCGCCGUUCCCGCCAACGCGGCUGGAGCCGUUUCUCUCGUUGUGUCCUUCGAGGGCAAGCUGUUCACGAUUGCCACGCUGGACCCCAAGAAGGGCGUCUACCAGAUGAGCACCGACCUCGUCUUUACCGAGGCACAGGACGUCUCCUUCUCUGCCCAGGGUGCUGGCGCAAUCCAUGUCACCGGCUACGUACAGCCGGUCGGUAACGACGAUAUGAUGAUGAAUGCCAUGGCCGGCGAGUCGGGUGAGGAGGACGAGAGCGACGAUGACGACGACGACCUCGAGGAGGUGUCAGGGUCGGAGAGCAAUGAGAUCGCCAAGACCCCUGCUUCCGCUGCCGCUGGUGCGGAGGACAGCGACGAGGAGGGCGAAGACGAGGACGAGGACGAGGAGGACGAGGAGGACGAGGAUGACGAGGAUAUGCCCCCCGCCGACCUCGAUGACAGCGACAUGGGCGAAGAGGACGAGGAGGUCGACGAGGAGGAUGACGAUGAGGGACAGGUGGACCACGAGGAAGGCGAGGAUGAUGAGGAUAACGAUGAUGACGACGAGGAUGAGGACGAGAACGAGGACGAGAACGAGGACGAGGACGAGGACGAGGACGAGGACGACGAGGAUGACGAGGACGACGUACCGCGGAAGUUCCAGCGUGCGGAGCGCGGAGACCACCGCGAUGGCUUCCGCGGCGGACGUGGCGGUGAUCGCGGUGGCUUCCGUGGCGGUCGCGGCGGUGAUCGCGGUGGCUUCCGUGGUGGUCGCGGCGGUGAUCGCGGUGGCUUCCGUGGCGGUCGCGGCGGUGAUCGCGGUGGCUUCCGUGGUGGUCGCGGCGGUGAUCGCGGUGGCUUCCGUGGUGGUCGCGGCGGUGAUCGCGGUGGCUUCCGUGGCGGUCGCGGCGGUGAUCGCGGUGGCUUCCGUGGUGGUCGCGGCGGUGAUCGCGGUGGCUUUCGCGGUGGCAAGCGCGGCCGCUACUAG